GCGCGGAGGGCGCGAUGGAGCCGCAGCUGGGGCUUCACGAGCUGCUGCAUGUCUUCUCCUUCCUGGAGGCGCGAGACCUGCUCUGCGCCGCCCAGGUGGACAAGGUCUGGAAUGAGGUUUCAAAAACCAAGGAACUGUGGAGGCAGCUGUGUUUGAGACGCUGGUCCUCACAUAAGGCCUCCCAGAUGAUCCUGGGCAGCCAGACCUGGAAACAGUACUAUCUCUGCCGAUCCGAGCUGGAGUUCCGAAUGGAGUGUGGGAGGCCAGAGAAGGAUUUCACUUGCAAAGCCAUUGCUGGCCACAAAGGAGAGAUAGACGAGCUGGCUUACAUCUCAAACAACGAGUACCGUUUUGAUGGGCAGGAGAAGUCCGUGGUGUGCACCGUGUCCUCCGAUGGCACUGUGCGUGCCUGGGAUGUGCACGAGGGCACUGAGAUCUGGUCCAGCCCCCUCCAGCCUGCUGCGCUGGUGCACUUGGUGACCUACCCUCGGCUGCAGCUCGUUGUCACCGUGGACGAGCGGGGACUGAUCAAAGUGUGGAAGGCAGAGGACGGGUGGGAGUCGGCCUCCUUCUGCCUCCCCACACACUCAUCUGCCUUGGAGGCCUGUGACCACCCUGAUGGCCCCUUCCUGCUGGCUGCCUGUGCUGAAGGAGCACUCUACACCUUGAUCCUGCCCCAGCUGCAGCUGCUUUCCAAAGUGAGCGUGUUUCCAAACAAUCCCAUGAGUCUCCUUUGCUCUCCUGACUGGCAGUGGGUGUUCGUGUCGACCCAGAACUCAGACCUGGGUCCGAAGGUAUUCCACAUGCACUCCUUGCUGUGUCCAUCAGAAGACGAGCCACCUAUCUCCGCCACCCUCCCCAUCUUGCUGACCUCCAGAGCUUGCUGGGCACCUGAUGAGGUGGCCAGGCUCAUAGUGAUGCACAGAAGUGGUAACGGCAUGCAGUUGGUUGUCACCACCUACAAGCUAGAGACCAAGAAGUCCAGGGACAAUGUGGACAUUGUGGUACAAGAAAUUGCAAGUUUCCCCCUGUCAGACACCAUGAUGCCUCCUCACCUCAUGAAGGGCCAUGGCUCUCAAGUGAUCCUGCUGGUGUCAGGCUCAGAACUGGUGCUCUUCACUAUCCACGGCCUCCAACUGGCAGUCUUCCAGGACCACCAGCGGCCCAUCACAUCCAUGUGGGUGGACCAGAGCCGCGUCAUCACCUCUUCCUUUGACCUCUCCUUGAGAGUCUACAUGUGGAAUAAGGAAAAUAAAUUUCCCGUCCUCAAGAGCUGCUAUCACUUGCUUGGGGGGUCCCACAGAUGGUCCAGUGGGUUCACCCAUGUGGAGAGUGACAGCAUGAGCAUCGUGGGUGUGGAAGCCAGGAGCAUUGGGACGAGUAUCCUCAGGUCCUACUACUUUGAAGUGCAGCACGGCUGAGAAUGGCAUCCAUCACAGAGCUUGGAUAUAUACAGAGACGGAAGUGAUUGUUUCAUCAGCAUUGGAAAAGGAUUAGUGAUUCUCAAAUGCUUGCCAGCAGCCAGGCUCUGUGCUAUAUGACUUUAUUUUUAAUUCUCACAGGUCAGGUCAGAAUUAUCUGUUUUUUCAGACAAGGAAUCAGGAACACAGUUAACCCAUUAAGUUAUUAGUUCAUUCAGCUCAUGGCAGAGGGCCAGUGGGUUGAGUCUGGGUUUAUAACAUGGUUGGAUUUUGUUGUCUGAAUAUGUAAUUAAGUAAAUAUUUUUUAAUGUUCCUACUUUUUGGUGUAAAAUGGGUGCUUUUCCCAGGCAGUCGUGUAGGGUGUCAUGGACCGGGAAAUCUGCAGGUUCUCUGGAAGAUGUGCUGACAGAACCAUGAACAGAGGUCAUAGGGAUAAAAUACUGUUCUGUGAUGAGUGGUGCCAGGUAGGCCCAUAACUUAGCCUCGGUCUCCAGCUGACUGGGUUGAACCUUUAGCUGCAGUAUAACUGUGUCAGUCUUGAAGAAGAAGCCUGUGUCUGUAAACCCCAACUCUUUGUAGGCCCCUUGCACAAGGACUGGGGUAGUGAGAAGAGUCUGCCUAACAACCAUGGGUAGUCAUCAACACCCCUGAUCACGGAGGGUGCUUUCAGGUAGGAUACAGAGGUCUGCAUGCUGCCCACUUACAUUCCUCACCCUCACCUAUCUCUAGCACCAUCUGAUCUGCCAGGUUAUAAGACCAAGGAAACCAGCCUAUGCCACUCAGCUGUUAUAGAGCAACCCCGAUAUUAAACAGGUUCCUGGCUGUGGGUCCUCACCCGCGCGCUUUAAAGGGACUUAUGAAUACUCUACUACAGACACACACAAAAGGGUUAAUAAAAGGUUUAUUUACAAGAGGAAAGGAAAUAAGGAAAAUGUACAACUCAGGGAGAAAAUAGGGAAAUAAAGUCUUUAAUGCGUCCUACCCGAUCCGACGACCUGGAAACCCAAAGUCACUCCCAGAGCUGGCCGGAGGCUCCGCGCUGGCCGAGCGCCCCAAAAUGGAGAGCGCCCCAAAGCCCACGUGUCUGCCUUUUGUAUCCACCUGGCUGCUUAACCCCACCCUCAGGUCCCAGCCACCUUCCCUUUGGUGGUGAUGGGAUUUGGAGUUCCCAGUGUCUUUGGCUUUGACCUGGGGUGGGGGUGGAGUCCACAAAGCCUGUAUGGAAUUAGCUUUGGGACCGCCUUUUCCCCCUAACAAUUCCCCCCUUUCACUUUUUGCCACCAUUUCCAUGGUGAUGAAGAUCAAAUAUAUGGAGGUUGGGAUGAAGUCUCAGAGGAACGUUUUGUCAGGUUCCAGUGUGAAAGAAAACCAGUCUCUCCAGGUAUUUGUCCAUUGUGGAAAGCAAAAGUCCUCCACUCGAGGAUCUGUUUGUGGUAAGGCCUCUCACACUAUAGGUCCCUGACACUUGCAAGGGGGGGCCUUUUGUGUUACCCAGUGUAUUAAUCAGAAAAGUGUUUCCAGGUUUGGUACUUGUUUCCACCAAAUUCAAAUUCAAAAGGCCCACCAAAUGCAUGUUUGAUGGCAAGACAUUUGGAAUCUUGCCCUUGUCCUUCACCUGAGAAUGAAGCCCUUGCGUAUCCUAGACCU